AUGUCUGUGGUCAACAUCCGUCGCGACGUCGACGACAAGUUCUACCGCUACCGCAUGCCCCUCCUCCAGACCAAGAUCGAGGGCAAGGGCAACGGCAUCAAGACCGUCAUCCCCAACAUGUCCGACAUCGCCCGCUCCCUCAGCCGCCCUCCCGCCUACCCGACCAAGUUCUUCGGCUGCGAGCUCGGCGCACAGGUCUCCGCCGACGACAAGACCGACCGCUACAUCGUCAACGGCGCCCACGACGCCGACCGUCUGCGCGAGCUCCUCGACGGCUUCAUCGACAAGUUCGUCCUCUGCGGCGACUGCAAGAAUCCCGAAACCGACCUCAAGAUCCUCAAGGACGGCGACAUCCUCCGCAACUGCAAGGCGUGCGGAAAGCGCACCGGCGUCGACAUGAAGCACAAGCUCACCACCUUCAUCGUCAAGCACCCGCCUCCCAAGCGCGUCAAGGGCGCCAAGGGUGCCGGCAAGUCCGCCGGCCAGGAUGCCGGCGACGGCGGCUCCGACGACGAACUCACCAAGCGCAUCAAGGCAGAGGCCGCCGAGAUCCCCACCGCGGAGCAGCGCGGCAAUGUCGACGACGACUGGUCCGUCGACACCUCCGAGGCCGCCGUCGCCGCACGCGUCAAGGCGCUCGAGGGCAGCGUCAAGUCGUCGCUCGUGCUCGGCGACGAAGAAGAGGACGAGGAUGAGGACAGCCCGUACGCCCAGUUCGGCCGCUGGCUCGUCGCCAACCGCAAGGGCGGCGAAGAGGGCCGCGAGUGCUCCGCCGCCGAGGUGUACAAGAAGGCGCAGGAGUUCGGCAUCGAGAAGAAGCACAAGACCGUCCAGGUGCUCGCACAGUCCCUCUUCACCGAGGACGCACCCAAGGAGAUCGAAAGGUACGGCGCCGUGCUUGCCAAGAUGGUCGGCGACUCGGAGAAGCACCAGAAGGCCAUGCUGGGCGGCUUUGAGCGUCUCGCCGGCGUCCAGUGCCCGGCUCUCGUGCCCAACGGCGUGCCCAAGAUCCUCAUGGCGCUCUACCAGAUCGACGUGCUCGACGAGGAGUUUGUCAAGAACUGGGGCACCCACGUGUCCAAGAAAUACGUCGACAAGGACACCUCCAAGAAGGUGCGUCGCGCCGCUGCGCCUUUCCUCCAGUGGCUCGACGAGGCCGAUUCGGACUCGGACGACGACGAGGACGACAGCGACGACGACGCCAAGCCCAACGGCAACGGCGCAAAGAAGUCGUCCGAGGAAGAGGACGACGACUCGGAUCUCGACAACCUUUGA